AUGGUACCCUCGACGAUCAUGGGCAAGGUAGUGGGAGGGAUCUGCUCACUGUCUGGUGUCUUGGUCAUUGCUCUGCCAGUGCCCGUAAUUGUCUCCAACUUCAAUCGAAUUUACCAGCAAAAUCAAAGAGCAGAUAAGAGGAAAACGCAAAAGAAAGCGCGACUCGCAAGAGUGAAUCAGGCGAAGUCGGUGACCUUCAGCCAGCACUCACCGUGCCAAUCGACGGACUCCAUGAGCACCUCCUUUCUCUACUCGAACACCGAGGUGAACAAGUUCAUCGAGAAGCUGUCGCCCACCCUCCAGCACUCAGCAUCACCAGCUGAGCCUGCGGACAAGAGCCCAGUGCUGCACUGUUCGACUGAACUGGACGCCAGCGUGUCGUACCAGCGAGCCAUCGCGGCGGCUGUUAGCUACACGCGCAGCAUCCACAGUGACGAGGAGACACGACUGCAACUCAUCCACCUGCUUGCCUGUCUGGAGCAGGUUGUGAACCACAACUACAAGCCCUGUAUGGAUCGGAGUUUUCAACGGGUCUACGAGACGAAGAGCUCUUUUCAUAAGAUCCACCCCGUCUUCAGCAACGACGCCAUCCAGCGGUACAGGAAGUCCCUCCUGAGCAACCGGAAGCGCUGUUCCAGCGUCCUCUCUGAGUCCAGUGAUGGCACCGUUCACGACGCCAACACAACGCCCUGGUUUUGCUGUCCCAAGUUACAACGCUUGAAUUGUCCGUCGGAGACAUGGCAGGAAAGGAGACAGUCAAAAAAUAGGAAGGUGAUUGGUUAA